ACGUCAAGGCACGAUAUAUGAUGUCGGUGCCGCGCCGGUGACGUCCGUGGUACAUAGCUAGCUAGCUAGGUACGGUAUUUUAUUUCGCUGCAGCUAGCUCGUUAGCCAGCCUUGCCCUUGGCUUGGAGUGCAAAACAUUCCUCAAAAUGAUAUCUAGAACCACUGCAGGUGUUGUGGCUGGUGUGGCGGGAACGUUAUUCAUCGGUUACUGUAUUUAUUUCGAUCGAAAGAGAAGGAGCGAUCCAUUAUUCCGCCAAAAGCUGAAAGAACGAAGAAGGUUGAGAGGAGAGCAAAGUUCAAAGACGAGUAGCGGAAGUUCAGGAGAGGGACAAAAACUAGAGAUUCCAGAUUUGAAGGAUGCUGAAGCUGUUCAGAGUUUCUUCUUACAGCAAGUUCAACGUGGAGAGCAAUUACUUGCAGAAGGUGAUUUUGAGAAUGGGGUUGAGCAUCUGAGUAAUGCUGUAGCUGUAUGUGGCCAACCUCAGCAGUUAUUACAAGUUCUCCAUCAGACUCUACCGGCACCAGUCUUCCAGCUCUUGGUUCAUAAACUACCUGUGACCAGCAAGAAAAUUGCUGCUUUGAGUGAAGCAAGGAGUUCUUCAUCAGGGGCUACAGUGAAGGAAUUGGACGACUUGGAAUGAAUUCCAGUUGCCAUCUGAAAUCAAAGAGUGAUUAACAUGAACAUAAAAUUAUAAAAUUACAUGUAAACUGUUGUUAGAUAAAGUCUGUCUGGAGCUGAAAGGCUAGCUUCUCUGAUGAGGAACUUAAAAAGUCUACAUUCAUGAGAUUAUAGUUCUUGUUGAGGAUGGACUAUGCAUCUGUCAUCAUUGACAUCUGACAACAAGAGGCAAAGUUGAUAAUUGCUAUGCACCAUAUUAACUUCUGUUCAGUUCUUUGCGGUCAGUUGUCAAUUGGUUCUGUCACAUUUGCUUAAUGUUGUAUUUGUACACUGAUCAUUUGCACCUAGGAUCCUCGUGAACAAUAUCAUUGAUGAAUUAAGUUUCAUAACAGCUGUAAUGUAAAACAUAGUAUUACUCAAGACCCAUGUAUUGCUUUCGUUAUAAAGUGAGCACAAAUACAGAUCCUUUCCAAAGAAAACACAUUUUAAUGAAGAUUUUGACGCUUGGAAAAUGUAUUUCUUGAUUUAAAUGUCUAAGAACUUGAACAAAUACAUGUACUGUAUGGUAGUUUUUUAAAAGGAAAUUUGUUGUAAGACCCUAAAAUAACUUAUGUCACAUGUCCCCUACGGCAGCCACACGGCGAGUCGAUAACAGCUUAACAUCUUUUGUACCAGCUACAUAAUAGGGUAGGUGGUUUGAAUACGAAUGAAUAAAACAGCAGUUUUUACUCUCCGUACAGCCGCUGUAGGGGAAAUGUGACUGCGGCAUAAGGUGCGUUUUCUCCACCUCCAUGAAUUGCACUAGCCAGAGAGUAUUGUACUGGAUUACUUUAAAGACCUGAUCGAUCAUAAACAGAUAUUGUAGCAUUUGCUCCAUGUGCUUCAUUCCAUUGUUUUUAAAUGAAUCACAGGUGAGAAGAGUUUGGCUGCCCUCCUACCAUGGUGUACAUAUCCUGUAUGGAAAUGUUCUCUGAGAAGACAAAUCAGUAGGUGUGUUCAUUUCUGAUGUGGAAAGGAGUCUUCAGAAGAUACCAAUGUAAGGUCUAUUGUUAUUUGACUAAUAGGUUAUACCGGUAAUCCAUAAAGGGGCUAAAAAGCUUACUAGGUAAAACUAGCAUUAAGUUCUCAAUGAAUUGCAGAUAGCAUGGGUGUACCAAUAUGAUUCAAAGUAUAUAUAUUUUUUUUUCUAUGGGAGCUACAUGUAUAUAAGGUAGCCAAAAGGGGGGGGGGGGGUUUCAUAAAGCUGUUCGUAAGUUAAGAGCAACUUUAAGAACGACUGGUGAACCUUUCAUACGCGCUUAACCAUCGCCAAUGAAUAUACCAUUUUCCACAAGAAGGGAUCUCCAGUCGUUCUUAAAGUCGCUCUUAACUUACGAACAGCUUUAUGAAAUGCCCACCAGGAAAAUACACUUUGAAUACGUUAUUUUUUUUUAUCUAUAUGUAAAAUUUCAAUUUAUUUAGUGUGAUAUCCCACACUGGUGUAAAUCAUGCCUUCAUCUCAAUGUUGAUUUAUAGAGCUGUUGAAAAAAGGGAUAACUCCAAGGUUGAUGUAUAAUGGAUCCAUGAUAUAACUGUACUGUAUACACCAGAUAUUUUGCAUACAUAUGUCAUGAUUUGCUUUGAGAGAUGGGAGAAUUCAGUCUAUUUUUCAUGAUUUUUAUUGGGAUUUAUCACACUGUCAACAUGAAGUAAUUAAAUUCAAAGGUCCAGAUGUCAUAAAAAUUUUGUAAAAUCAUUGACAGGACUUCCUGAAUAUUCAGUGUAUACAGCAUACCUUUCAUGCCAUUGUAUUUAGUUUUUAUAAGCCAUUGUGGUAAAGCUGUACUAUAUUUAUUCCUUGAUACUCACUGGAGCAAUGUACAGUCAUACUUAUAUGAUUUAAUAAUGUACAUUGAAACAUUGGAGAGAAAGAGUAUACUGUUACUACAGUGGUCUUUUUUAUGACUUACAUAUAAAUACCUGUCAUCAGGAAACUAUAUAA